AGGAGGAGGAGGAGCCGAGUAGUAGAGACAAGGGAGGCGGUCCGAGAAUGAGCGAGGGAAGGGAAAGUAGAGGAGAGAGAAAGGAGGAAACUGAGUCAAGAGAAGAGGGAGGAGAAAAAGAAGGAAGAGGAGGAGUGAAGAGGAGGAGUGAGGACAGCUCAGCAGAUCAGUAGAAUUCCUGUCACAGCUGCACGGCUUCAGGCAGAAAAGACAAGUUUAACUGAGGAGGAAAAGGAGAAGAAAGGGUUUGUUUUCUGCUUUUUCUUGGAUUGAAAAACUCCUCAGAGGAAGGAGGAGGUUUGGACCUGGUCCAGCGUCGGUCUGUCCUUCAGGGGAACAUGGAUUCAGACUCAGGAGAGCAGAGUGACGGAGACCUGUCCCCAGGACAUGAGAGCUUUAACUCCCGCUCCUUGACCCUUCAGGCCCAGAAGAAGAUCCUGAGUAAGAUGGCAACGCUGGCGGUGGCCAACCUGCUGACGGACGACACCAGCAGUGAGAUCCUGGACGAGCUGUACAAGGCCAGCCGUGAGUUCACCAAGAGCAAGAAGGAGGCGCACAAGGUCAUCAAGGAUGUCAUCAAGAUCGCCUUGAAGAUCGGCAUCCUGUACCGCAACCACCAGUUCAGCACCGAGGAGCUGGACACAGUGGAGCGCUUCAAGAAGAAGCUGAACCAGGCGGCCAUGACGGCGGUGUCCUUCUACGAGGUGGAGUUCACCUUCGACCGCGGCAUUCUGUCGCAGCUGCUGCUGGAGUGCAGGGACCUGCUGCACACGCUGGUGGAGCAGCACCUGAGCGUCCGCUCCCACGCACGCAUCGACCACGUCUUCAACCACUUCGCCCACGGGGAGUUCCUGUCGGAGCUGUACGGGGGGGCAGAGGAGUACGCACCGUCCCUGAGGAAGAUCUGCAACGGCAUCAACAAACUGUUGGACGAAGGAACACUUUAACCUUUGACCUUUCACUCCUGACCCAUUGACCUUUCACUGCUGACCCUUUGACCUUCCAUUCCUGACCCUUUGACCUGUCACUCCUGACCCACUGACUUUUCACUGCUGACCCUUUGACCUUCCACUCCUAACCCUUUGACCUUUAACUCCUGACCCUUUGACCUUUCACUCCUGACCCAUGUCACCUUCAGCUCCUCCUUCAGCUCCUCCUUCUGCUGCUUCCCUGUCCUUUUCACCCCUUCCCAUCUUUCAGCUCUCCUCCUCCUCCUUCUCCUCCUCCUUCUCCAUUUCUUCUUCCUCUUCCUCCUCCUCCUCCUCCUUCUCCUCCUCCUUCUCCAUUUCCUCCUCCUCCAUCCAGCUGCUGUGUUUCAGUGACAGAAUUGUUUUGUACAUUUGGUUUCCAAGUUUUCCUGCUGCACAUGCUCAGUCUGUCUCACAUGUUGGUACAUUCAUGUCUUCCUCAUUCUGUGCAAAUGUGUCCUGUACCAAUGAUAAACAAACAAACAAACAGACAAACAAACCAACAGACCAGUCAGUGUGUUUGGAUGUGGUCAGUCCUGUAGACAGUGUGUUUGUGUGUGUACACGUCCGUAUGGAAUCGUACUACAGACCUGGGUCCUUACUGUGUCCAUCUUCUAUUCAACGGUGCAUCAGUUUUCUGUUAUUAAAGAUUUCUUGUGAACUUAUUUUUUGCAGUUUU